CGUCAUUCUCCAGUUGCCUCAGAUUCUUGACACCUCCAGCCUGCAACUACAUCCGGACUGACAGCAAAAGGCCAGCACACCAGCAAAGUAUCCAACCAUUGCUAGUUUGGCACACCUUUAGUCGUUAAGGCCGCCCUUUCUGAUAAGCCUCCAUACCGACAUCGGUCCUUUGGGGAACAUAACUACAGCCGCGAAGAUGUUUGGCCCGGCUUACGGAGGCCCCGGCUUCGACCCCAACAACCCUGCUGAUCUCUACCAAAUGGCCCGGGGUGGCCGCCGUCCGAUGAUGCAGCGGUUUGACGAGUACUAUCGGUGCUAUCCCAUGGUGAUGGCGCCGGGUGCCGAGAGGCCAACGCUCAACUAUGGCUCCAAGAUUUUCCUGCCACCCUCCGCCCUUGACAAGGUCUCGAAGAUGCACGUCCAGUGGCCGAUAAUGUUGGAGCUGAUCAACGGGGAUAAGGGGAGGCAUACCCACGGCGGCGUGCUGGAAUUCGUCGCCGAGGAGGGAAGGGCCUAUAUCCCCCAGUGGAUGAUGCAAACACUCCAGCUCGACGUCGGCGACAUGAUCCAGAUCAAGACGACCUCCCUCGAACUAGCCAAGCUCGUCAAGCUACAGCCGCAGUCUGUCAACUUCCUCGACAUCUCAGACCCGCGCGCCGUCCUGGAGAAGGCCUUCCGCAACUUCGCCGCCCUGACCAAGGGCGACACCUUCAACUUCGAGUACAACGACGAGGUCUACGACGUCGCCGUCCUCGACGUCAAGCCCGAGACGGCAAAGAUGGGCGUCAGCAUGAUCGAGACCGACGUCAGCGUCGAGUUCGCCCCGCCCGUCGGCUACGUCGAGCCCGCCGCCGCCACCAGCAGCGCCGCCGCCUCGGGCCGCGGGAGCGGCACCAGCACCCCGCGCAGCACCCGCGGCCCCGCCCUCCCCGCCGGCGGCCUCCUCCACAGCCAGGGCACCAUGGCGCAGGCGAUCAACUAUGACGCCAUCGCCGCCGCUGCCACAAACACAAACUUCCGCGGCGAGGGCCAGCGCCUGACUUCCAAGAAGCCCCCGCCGCCGCCGCCGACGACGACCACCGGCAGCAGCAGCAAUAAACCCGCGACCCCCCCUGUGGCGGCAGCGGUGGCCGGCGCGCCCGCCGCGCCCAUGCCCCUGCGCCUUCCCCCCGGCAAGCUCUUCCUUGGCUACGAGGUCAAGCCCGUCAAGACGGCCGCCGACAAGGAGGCCGAGGUCGAGGCUGCGCGGCGGCCCCACUUCGCCGGCCAGGGGCAGACGCUGCGGGGCGCUGUCAAGAGGAAGGGAGACGCGGGCAGCGGGGAGGCCGGUGGGAAGAAGAAGGCCGCGGACGAGGGUAAAGGUCGGAGGCUAGAUGGGCGGAAAGUUUGAGUUCGAUUUGACUUGUCCUGUUCCUACACGUGCUUGGGAGAGAGGGGUAAGGAUAAAGAGGACGAGGGACGAAGAAGGUGGCUGGCAUAUGGAUAUUAGCAGCCACAGACCGAAGAUAAGGGCGUCUACCACAUAUUAUCACUUCUAUAUAUGAAUAUAUACCGUUCCCCACCAAGCCAAUCC